UUAUUCGGCUUCUGUUUCAAGAGUUAGAGGACUUUAUUCUGCUAUAUCUAGCAGAAAUUUUAAAAUGAUUUUUUUUUUUUAGUUUAUGAAUUGCCAAUUUGUAUUUUUUAUAUUUUUUGCCUUUAUCAUCUUAUUGUUUCGUUAAAUAUUUCGGAAUAUAAUAAGCAUAUAUUGCAGGCAGCAUACCGGAAAUAAUAUGUAUGUUCAUUGUAAAAGGCGUUAUCAAAAAAUAUGUUUCAGUCUCAAUCGCUUCCAAAUUACAUAUGCACAUACAAACAUACAAAUCAAAAAUUAAAAUUGUUUUUUGUAAUUGUGCACAAAUCAGUUUUUAUACACACAUUAUAUUUAGUUUACCUUAACUGCAGUGUCUUUUUUAUACCUUUGUUCUUUUCAAAACAUUUUAUAAUUAAUUCGAUAAAAAUCCUGAUAAAAUCCAAAAUAAAGAUAAAAUCCAAAUCCAAAUAUAAAAUAGUCAAAAUUAUCAUUUAUAAAUUUUAAAAUUAAAUAAUAGCAAGUGAAACAGUGUGAUUGAAAUAACUUCGGGGUCGCACCUUAGCUCCAAGAUUUUAAUCGAAAUCGUUUAAUUUGCUGUUAAAAGUUGAUAAUUUCUAUCACCAAAGUGCGAGAGUUGCGGUGCAUAGAUUUAUAUGGCUGAGCCAAUGUUGCACCGCACGUUUAUGGAUCAAUGAAUAAGGGGUCACCAAAUAUGGAGCAUGCAAGUGAAAAGCUUCUCAGGCAUAAUCGUUUUUCACAAGAAUUGUCUUAAUGUUUUAACGUUCCAAUAAAUUUAAAAAAGAAUAUUGUUCCUAAAAAGGAAAAUAAAAAAAUCAAACAAAAAUAGUUUCAUCUUUGGAUAACAUAACAAUAAUAAAAAAAGUAUUCAGCGACCUUCACCUCUUUAAAUGAAAAUGGGCCGAAGGGGUAAGGGAAAGGCAAAAGGCAAACCUCUUACAUCUGUCAACGAAAAAGAACUUACCGAAAUGUCGAGGCAACUUGUACAAAGCCAUGUUACACAAUUCCUUAUCAGACACCAGUUGCUGGAGCUACAUGCGGAAAAACCGUCUACAAGUCGUGCUAAUCGAAAACCUAAUUUUGGUUCGACGUUUUAUUCACAACUCAAAGAUGCAUUCGCAGAUGCCUUUUAUAGCAACAACAUAUUGAAAAUCCCGAAGUUACAGAGCAUUUACAAGGCGGAGGAUUUAGAAGCAACCGCAGAACCCAUACCAAAAAAUGGCAACAACAGCAAAACUGAUAUUGAGGAUAUGCUAAUAAUUUUGAAAGUUUGCCAGUUGCGUGGAAUAAUUGUAAAAAUAGAAGAAGAACAAAAAAUUGGAUUAGCUGGGUAUGUUAUAAGCCCACACGCACGCGCUAAGCUUUCAAAAUUAGAUUAUGUACAGGAAGGCAUUCGAAGAGACAUCCGUACAAUGAGGGAGCAACUCAGGAGUAUUCGCAAAACAGACAUAGAACAGCUAAAUAGCAUCGAAAAUAAUUCUGACUGUUUCGUAAUUGUAGAUGAACAUGGUGCAAACAUAUCUGAUGAAGGAAGAAUAGUACAGGUCAAGGAGCUUUUCAAAACGCCCGAACAAAUCAAAAGAGAGUUCAGGUCAGCUUUUUAUGCGAACAUGGUUGCCCAUCUGGAGGGUAUUUACUCAUGGCAAAACGUGGGUGCGAAAAUGAUAAAAUGUUCGUCGGAACAUCAUGUGACUGAGGACCAUUCCGAAGUACUGGCAAGAGCUAUAAAAGUCAUAGAGUCGCGUAUAUUGGACUAUGACAGCGGCAAAACGGUCUAUUUGGAAGAUGAAGAGCAAAAUAAUUACAAAGAAUUGGAUGGUCUUUAUCCGGCAGAUAUCCCAAUCAGAGGCGAUUACAUAGCAGAUAUGGAAGAAAACUUUUUCUUAAAUCCUCCAACUUCUUUAGGAGAACCCUCUAUCAUCAUAAAUACGGACGGUGAAGAGAUGUGCAAACAAGAAUUUAAGAAAUUCUUUACAAAUGAGUGUCAUCCUAGACCCUGCUGAGUAGCAAUUUGUUGUUGUCGUACACUUUGAGAUAUCAACAUUCAGUCGAUAAAAGACCGGUUUAAAAUAAUAUAAUAAGUGAAUAAAGAAAAUGAUAUAAGUAUGUCAAAAAUGUGAAAAUUAAA